AUGGUAGAAGAUACUAGUCAUCUUACAGUGAAUGAUAUAGAAUCCAGUGAGGAUGAACAAGAUGAUGAAACAGAGGAAGAUCAAGAUGACGCAGUAGAAUCUAGUGAGAGUGAGGGAGAUGAUCAAGAAUCUAAUGAGGAAGAUGCACAAGAGUCAAAUGAGGAAUUGGAUUCUUCUGACCAGGAAUCAGAGAUUGAAAGUUUAACAGCGAGGCUUACCAAAUUAGCUGACAAUGACGUCGAUGUUGUUGCUGGUAUUUUUGCCGAGUUAGCUAAAAAAAAUCCUGUUUUCCUCCAAGCUAUAAACAAUAAAGUGCAAAGAAAACCUUCAACAACUGAAUACGCCAAAAUUGAAAGAAUGUUCACACAACUUAAUGCACAAGACAACGUUAUUAGUCAUAUGCUUAAUUCACAGAAUGUAUAUGCUGUGGACCCCUAUCUUCAGAAAGACUAA